AUGAACAGAGGGUGGUCAUGUUCUAAGCUUCCAUGGCUGACACCACCUCUAAUCAUCGUUCUCAUAACAUUUAUCUCCAUUCAACCUACAAUUUCUACCUCAUUUCUCAACAAUCAUUACACCACUACAUCAAAUUUCAGCCUUUCUUCUUCAGUCAAAGCAAAUCCUCAUCGAAUUCUAUCAAAUUUUCCAAACAAAAAACAGAGCAAUCUGCAGAGAAUUGAAGCAAGUUUAGCUAAAGCUCGAGCUGCAAUCAAGAAAGCUGCUACCGUGGUAACAAAUAAUUCGAUCGAAGAUCCAGAUUAUGUUCCAUCUGGAUCAGUUUAUCGGAACCCCAAUUCGUUCCACAGGAGUUACCUAGAAAUGGAAAAGCGAUUUAAAAUUUUCGUUUAUGAAGAAGGAGACCCUCCAAUAUUUCAUAGUGCACCAUGCUACGGAAUCCUAGGGUUAGAGGGGAUCUUCAUCAACGAUAUGGAAAUCAGUCGGUUUCGUACACGGGAUCCUGAAAAAGCUCAUGUUUAUUUCCUCCCGUUUAGUAUCAUAACACUUAUCAAUUAUGUGUACAUAGUAGGAUCCCAUGAUUGGAAUCCUAUGUACAACACAGUUCGAGACUACAUCAAAGUUAUCAACCAAAAUCACCCCUACUGGAACCGAAGUCAUGGAGCAGACCAUUUCAUGUUUGCGUGCCAUGAUUGGGGGCCUGUAAUAUCGAAAUCCGUUCCUUACUUGUACAAAAACUCGAUUCGUGCUUUAUGUAACGCAAAUACAUCGGAAGGGUUCAAACUCUCUAGAGAUGUUUCGAUCCCUGAAAUCUACCUCCCACAUGGGACCACGGAGGGUUUACUUGGUGGGCCACCCCCCUCGAAACGAACAAUCUUGGUGUUUUUCUCCGGCGGCGUCCAUGGCUACAUUCGUGAGGUACUUCUCAAGCAUUGGGAGAAUAAGACCGAAGAUGGCGUCAAAAUUCUAAAAUACCUCCCAAAAGGUGAGGAUUACAAUCAACAGGUGAGAAAGAGCAAGUAUUGCAUUUGCGCUAGUGGAUGGGAAGUUGCAAGCCCAAGAAUGGUGGAAGCUCUUUACAUGGGAUGUGUUCCCGUACUUGUCAAGGAUGAUUAUGCAAAACCCUUUAGCGAUGUUUUGAAUUGGGAUAAAUUUUCUGUUGAUAUACCAACAAAGAACAUCCCACAAUUGAAAGAUAUUUUAAUGGCAAUACCACAAAAGAAGUAUAUAAGAUUACAAAAGAAUGGCGUUCAAGUUCGAAAGCAUUUUGUUGUUAAUUUGCCUCCGAAGAGGUACGAUGUUUUCCAUAUGAUGCUUCAUUCGAUUUGGCUUAGAAGACUCAACAUUCAUAUCCGAGAUAUGCACAAUGAAAUGUGA